GCCACAGUAUUUUUGACAGAUUAAUAAGAGACGUAACAACAAAUAAAACACCGCCAAGUGUCCAGGGAAUAGUCCUCACGCAACAAGUGGGUCAAAAUAUAAAUAAAGCAUAGAAAAAUAUGCAGACAAUAUUGAAAUUCAAUCUCCCCUCCUUUCAAGUCAGGAUUGAAGACGCUCAAAACGGCGGCGGAUCGGUGUUGCAAUUGCGCAUGUUGAGGUUGAGAGGAUUCAAUCUGAUUCAGUAUCAUCAUCAUCGAGGUCAAACCCAACUCAAUCCAAACACAAUUAAUUUACAAAUCAGAAAGCCGCCCAUCUUCGCACGAACAACAACUUUGAUGGCUGACGCUCCGGUGGCCGAGAACAAGCCGAUGACGCCGGAGGAAAAUAAAGAGAUAGAGAAAGAGUCAGCGCCGGCAAAGAAGAAGGAACUGCCAACGCCGCCGGAGAAGCCGGAAGCAGGGGAUUGCUGUGGGAGUGGCUGCGUUCGAUGUGUGUGGGAUGUUUAUUACGAGGAGUUAGAAGCUUACGAUCAGCUUUUGAAGGAAUUCAACAACUCUCCCAAUUAACUUAUUCUUUCCCCUUGUCAACUAAUUGUAAUCGGAAUCGGAAUAAAAUCUAAUCAAUUAUUGAGUUCAGCCUAUCAUAGUUCAUAAUUGUUGUAUUACCAAUUCAAAAUUGUUCUGUUUUAUUGAGUUGCAUAUUUAUAAUUGACAAA